ACUGUCAGCCAAGCACCCCUCUUAACCUACAUACAAUAUCUUUAUCUUCGAUCUUUCCUGUUUCCUUACGUAGUUUGAGACAAAACUUACAACUUCUCUCUCUCAGUUUGUGAUUUUAAAUUCGAGAAACUUUUGAAAAAAUGGGCUCUGAGUUUUUAAGAGUUAAAGGCGUUCUUGAUAGUAUUCGUGAAACAGGAGAAGAAACAAGAAUGAUUGGUGAAGUUUCAAGGAUCAAAGCCAUUCUUAAUAGCAGUGGAUAUAAAUCUGAACAGGUCUUGUGUGACUUGUUAUCAAAGCUUAAACCAAUGGUGGUGUCGAUGAAGGUUCUUGAGGUAUCCAUGAUCGGAGUGAGUGUUACCGGCCUUAUGAAUCACACAUCAAAAGAUGUUAGGCAGACUGCAAGGAUGCUUGUCCGAUCAUGGAGACGCAUGGUGGGUGAAUGGGUGGUUGGUAAUGAUAAUAUGCCUGCUGUUCAAGAUGAAGAAUGUUAUGAAUCAAACAAGAAAUAUCUCCCUAUAGAGAAACCAGUGGGACCGACAGGGUUUAACGGUGCAAACAAAAAACCUAAAGAACCCAAAUUACAGCAUAAGAAACCAUUAACUAUGGUUGUUUUGGAGAAACAAUCAACCGCAGUGGAUCGUCGGAAACCUUCUGCUGCUGUUGAAACAAUGAAGUUGCAAAUGCCGACAAAAUCGGUUGUUUCGUUAAUGAGUUCGGACAAAAGAAGUGUUGAAGAGAAGCUUGAGGCCACUAAAAGAAAGAUACAAGAACGUUAUAAGGAAGCAGAAAAGACCAAGAGACAGAGAAGAAUACAAGUGAUUGAGGUGCAUGAUGUGUUGAGGCUGGGUUUGGCUCCAAAACACCAAGACAACAAGUUUGGCAAGCACUUCAGCCAUCGUAUUAGCUCGGUAUGAUGAUCGUUGUAAACAUCGUGUGACAAGUGCUAGUUUAGGUUACACGGAACGAGAUAGUGUUCAUGUGCUGUUUUUGCCAUACAACAUAUAUGCUAUGGGGUUUUUGAAGGUGACAAAUGUUUAUGAAUGGUGUUAAACGAUUUCAUACAUAUU